CAAUAUUUUUGUUAACAUAAAAAAUCCGAUUCUCGCUCUGUCUUUUGUGAUUGCCACUUCAAUAGCACCUACCACUGAAGUAAGUCGAAGAAACUGGGCUGUGAUAUAUUCCGUCAGACAACAAACUAAACAACAUCCAAAGCCAAAGCACGACUACACUAACCUGUUAACAAUACCACGUACCAUCCGAACAACCAGCAACGGCGAGAAAGCAAAAACAUAUUCCGGGCAAUCCCUUUUCCAUUGAAGGCGUUCGUUCCAUUCCAUUCUGUUCUGUUAGGUUGAAUCGCGUCGCAUUGAAGUCGCACCAAGAUGAUGGAUCCCGAAAAAUCUUCCAAACGACGGAACAUCGCCGACGUGGACCACCGAAACGACAAGAACAUCGUUAUCUCGAGCAGCAGCGGCGACGGCGACAAGGACGACAGCAAGGAUGACCAGAAAGCCCACAACAGCAGCGGCGGCGGCGGCCGCAAGCGGUCUCCGGCGCACCGAACCCGCCCGUGGACGGCCGCCGACAGCAACCGGUGCGAGUACGUCCUCGAGGUCCUGAACCACGACGUCAUGCUCGGCCGGGGAUCCGGACCGAACGACCACGUGGGGAACAUCAAGUUCCGAGACCUGGUCCACUCGAGAAAGACAGAAUACCUCUCGACAAACCACCGCCAGACCAAGGCCUUCAUCGCCAAGGAAAUCGUCGACCAGGUGUACGAGCGGGGCGGGCGUUUCCUGAAGAAACUCGGCACCGCCGAGACCGCCAGGAUGCUUCCAAAGGUGCUGGCAGACAUGGGCAUCGACGACGACGAGAACGACACGGCCCCGGGCGAACUGGGCGAGGAACCCAGGGAGGUCUACCAGAUCCAGAAGCACUCGAUCGUCAUGGAAAAGGCCAAGCAGGCCCUGCGCCAGAACCAACGGGGCGGAUCUCCGAACCAUUCCGAUUCUCCCGUCGGAAAGGGACAUUCCCCGAUGCUUUCCAAGCAUCCGCCCGUCAUGGGGUCUCCGGUGCACAAGAACAAGAUAUCCCACAAUUCCUCGCCGCACGACGUGCUCUUGAACAACAACCGCAACAGCAGCAGCUGCGGCGCCCGGAGGCACAGCAUGGGCAGCGGUUUGGAAACCAACAGUUUCAAUCCUUGGACCGGUGUUGCCAAUGGAAACGGUAGCAUCCCAACGAGGCUGAACAAUGCCUCCUCAAUAUCGCCGGGAGCCAACAACAAUACCAGCAGCACUAGCAGCAGCAACAACAACAUUGGUCUCCGGCAGCACCAAGGAGGCAUGUUUGGAGGUGCUGGGAUCCAGAGCAACGCCGCAAUGGAACCCUUCCACGUUCCGAAUUCGAAUUAUUCGUCGUCGUCUCAGCAGCAACAUCAGCAGCAGGAGCAGGAUUCCCCCUUCCACCAACAAAGAUUCCACCAGCACGACCAGCAGCAACGGGAACCAACGAGUGGCAACCAGGCGCUGAUCGACCUGCAGCACCAACACGACAUGCUCAUGCAGUACCAGCAGCAAUUUGGUCAGAACCAGCAGACGAGGUUCCUGCUGGAGCAGCACAAACAAAUGAUCCAGAAAGAACUCGAGGUCGAGAUCCGAAAAGAGCAGCUCCGACAGCUCCAGCUGCAACAGAUGCAAAAAUUCGUGAGCGGUCCGCCGUUGUUCUCCAAGGAACAAAACGACCCACAACCGAAUCCGCACCGGUCACAACCUCGACAGGAGCAGACUAUCCCCUUGCGACACCCGUCCCAGGAAGGACCUCCGAACUUUUUGAACGGAAUGGCAACCUACACCACGACACUGGACAAAAUGGAAGGAAAUCGACAGGAAACGAACUCCCAUCGCCUCGACUCCAACCUCGGCAUGGGAGAAGCCAAGGAAAUGAUGCUCAAGACCUCCUCGAAAGGCGGCAGAGACGAAAACAGGAAAAAAGAAAUCCGGAACACAAAGGACGAUAAAUCCAUAACGCAAAUGAGUACAAUGAUGGGAUCCUUCAAGGACAUGUCCGUUCGAUCGAACGAAGACGCUUCUAUGCACAACUCUUCCAACGAUACGAUCGGUACCAUCGACAACAUGACCGGGGGCAUGGUCGGCGGACUUUCCAUGGCCCACAUGAGCGGCAUAUCCAUCCUGACUAUGAUGAACGAUUCGACCGAUUCCCUAUUGAAAAACACGGGCAGGGCCAAGGACCUCGGCGCCCACAAUGCCUCGUGGGGAACCCCCGACGUGGGCAAGGGAGUGGGGUCCAUCGGCAUAAUUCAGAACUCCUCCCAGUCGAGGCUUGAUCGGCGGCCCGAUGCGGCCGCGAGCGAACGAUCCGCAGCAGCCGCCGCGGGGGCCGCGGCCCUCGGAAAGAACUUUUUCGGCGGCAGCGUGAACCACCACCACCAGGGCUCGAGGUUUGGGAACGAUGGACACGUGGCCCCGAGGCGGUCCAGCACCCCCGCGAACAGCCGUGCCUACAUGGCGAACCACCACGGCGGAAGCAGCGGCAGCAGCAACAACACGGCUGCCGCAGUCUCCGCCAUACUAGCCAUGGCCGGUGGGGAAUGCGGCAACGGCGUCAAUGGGUUUGGUCCUCUCCAACAGCAGCAGCAACACCAACACCAACACCAACACCAACACCAACACCAACACCAACACCAACACCAACACCAACACCAACACCAACACCAACACCAACACCAACACCAACAGCAACAACAACAGCAGCAGCACCAUCUGCAGCAACAGCAGCGAUCGCAGAGCCUCAACUUCAACAACAGGAACGCCAACAACUUUCUCCCGGGUCGCAACUCAACAUUCGGAACACACGAACCGAUACUCAGCUCUGGAUUGAAUGCCGGGGAGGUGAACAAUUGGAGGAAUGGAAACACCGAUCCAAACAACAGUUAUGCCAUGGGUGGAAACAAUAUUAAUAUGGGUUCCAAUGGUCCCUUUGACACACGUCACCACCACGCUAAUUGAAUCACGGCCACAACCAAUAGGAUUCCAACAAAUUCUAGUGGAGGCGUUAGAAUUAUAAGGGGGCAGUGAUGAUUUUUUUUGCACGGUGCGAUGAUUGCAGGAAAUGGGGAGACAAGGUACACGUUUCGAACAUAAUUUUUGAUUGCACCCGGGUUGGGGAAAGCGAAUGAUCCACAGCGCCAUGCAAUUGAUGCAUCGAUGGCAUCCUGUUUGGUGAUUUGCAAUGGUUCGCGAUUUCAAGUUGAACAAGAAACGAGAGCACCAAAAAAUGCAAAUAACUACUGAUUGGAAAGAGAAGUUAAUCUGUUUUAGCAAUCUUUGAAUUUUUAUUUUGGAUCAUUUAGUCACUUCUAAAUGCAAUUAAAAUACUACGAGGAAAUACGAAAUUGUAGGGGCAAAGCAUAAAAAUUAAGGUAUGUACAUGAUGUACUGAUUUAUCAUCCACAGUGAUUUUGUAGUCAAGAUGUAGGCACAUAUCAUUCUCACAAGAGUGAUUUGUAGUAGCAGUACAGCAGUUUCUUCUUCUCUAGAUAUUCUUGUUUUCCCUGUUUUAUUUAUACUGCUGAUAGGAUAAUAAAACUUUUAGUGGAAAAUGAAGAGGCAAGAAAUCUGACUUGUGGUAGUAAUAGGAAAUAACAAAACUGCAUUUGU